AUGGGGCUCUACAGUGUCAAGUCUAUGUGUGCAGUUGUGGAAGCCCGAAGGUUCACUGAGGAGGGAUGGUCUGUCCCUCAAUUCUUGAGGCCUAUCUUACCUUCAAAAAUUGCUUUAUUUUUGUGGCAGGUGCAGAAGAACAGAAUUGCUUCAAAGGAGAACUUGGAACAAAGGGGGGUGGUCUUAGAGAAUGGUGCAUCUUGCAUUUUUUGCUUGUCUACAACCGAGACAGUGGCACACCUUUUUUUGCAUUGUCCCCAGAUUUGGAUGCUAUGGACAGCAGUGUUACAGAGGGAGGGCAUUAUGUGGUCUAUUCCAGAAUCAGUUUCGACAUUGCUGGCUGAAUGGAGUCUGUUACGCAAAAAUACAUCAAGAAUUCUGUGGGAGUUGAUUCCUUAUGCAUUAUGCUGGGGGAUAUGGAUGGCAAGGAAUAAUGUGAUUUUCCAUGAUAAACUUUUUGAUGCAGAAGUCAUUUGGGAGUCUCAUGUAUUUUUAUUGUUUACUUGGAUAAGAGCUUGGUGGAAAGAUUGUCCUUAUGAUGCAAGUCAGUUUGAAAGGGGUUUCUCAAAAAUUGAUCUAACUGCCAAGGUUAGUGUGCGGCCUCUUAUCCCUUGGAAACCACCUCAAGGGACGAUUUUGAAAUUCAAUGUGGAUGGUUCUUUUCAAUCAGGACGAGCAGGCAUUGGGGGGAUUUUGAGGAAUAGUGCAAGGGAGGUGAUUGGGGAAUUUUCUAGAAAGGUGGAGGUAAAACGAGCUGAUGAGGCGGAGGUUUUGGCAAUCUUGUAUGCCUUAUUAUUUGGUCAGCAGUUCAUGAUAGUUUCGGUACAAAUUGAGAGUGACUCAAGUCUUGCUGUGGAUUGGGUGAGCGAAACAAAAAAUAGACCUUGGAAUUUAAGUAACGAGUUGAAUAUGAUUGACUAUUUAUAUCCAUUGGUGGCGUGUUGUGGGGUGUCUCAUAUUUUGAGGGAAGGGAAUAUGGAGGCGGACGAACUCGCAAAGGAGGGAUGUUCUCGUGAGGUGCCAAUUUGGAAAUAUGUUGGACAACAAGGCUAA